GUCAAACUGAAAAUUACGUCGAAUGGCUACAGGAGAUACCAGACAAAACGACUGGGUCGAUUACUGCUUCAAAGUCAUCAUUAUCGGCGAUUACAAGGUCGGAAAGACAUCAUUAUUAUGUAGAUACACUGGGCGUGAGCCACCUAGCGAUGAUUGCACAAUGACAUUGGAUUUUCGUGCGAAAACUGUUAAGAGGAAAGGAAAGCGAGUGAAGCUGCAGAUCUGGGACAUAGCUGGGCAAGAGAGAUUUCGUACGGCUGUCGCUAGUUACUAUCGCGGGGCUCUUGGAGUUCUUCUGGUGUACGAUGUAACAAACAGGCAGUCUUUUCAAAAUAUUGGAUACUGGUAAAUAAGAUUUAGAUGAAGAAAACUUCCUUAAGUAUGUUUCGAUCCAAAAUCGUCAGCCUUUUGGUUUCGAAGGAAUAUGUUACGUACUAAGUACUUCCGGAAAUGAUUCCUGCCGUUCGAUUUAAAUACCUUUGACUACUAUCAUGAGCCAACUAAUGGAGAACUUUCUACGUAACUGAUUUCUGUUUAGCCAUAGCGAUAUUGCUUUUGUUUGUUCGUCUGCCAGGGUAGCUGGGAAUAUUGGUUUUCAAUUUUACUAUAAACUGGACUCUUGCCAAAGAAAUCUCGAGGCCUACCGUUUAGUUGUUUGAAAACUUUUAGCCCCCUUUACAAAACUGUUCUAGAAUUAACCGGCCAAAAUAUAGGCAGCCCAUUUAUUUGCACUUCAUUAAGUGUUUGCCCUCUGGCUAGUUUGUGUCAGUUGUGCCGUGUGUUAGUGAACUAACGAUAAACAAUCGUCAGUUUUCAUUGAAAAGGAAUUAAGGCCUGUUUCAAACGUCGUGCUACUGCCGUGCUAAGCUGGCUCGACUGCAGCACGCCUAGCACGACUUGGUUUCAGACGUCGAAUUUAAUUCAGUCGAAUAGAACGGCUUGUUGCCGAAAACAAAACACAAAAAUGAAGAAACGGUUUAGCAAACUUUUAAAUGUAUUCUAAUGUAUUUAUAAUUUAUGAAUUAAGUUCAGCAUGGCAGUAGCGCGACGUUUGAAAAAAAGUCGAGCUACUGCCGUGCUACACGAUAGUAGCACGAAUUUGUUUCAAACGACGCGCUACUGCCAUGCUAAAGUCGAAUUUAAUUCGAUCAAUUUAGUUCGGCACGGCAGUAGUACAAAGUUUGAAACCGGCCUUUUUAAGUAUCAAGAGAAAGAUGAGAAGGAACCCUUCUAGCAUGAGUAUCAGGCCUCAAUGGCCUUCCUAAGGGACUAGAGGAGAGGAGAUUCCGCGCCCCCGCCUCCUCCUCCGCUUGUCAGUCAGUUAUCAUUUUAAUAAGGUCACACUGGAAAACAUAUUAUGUUAAGCUGAUUUAUUGUUUGGUUUCCAGGCAUGAAGAAAUGAAAAGAUUCUGCGAUCCCGAUGCCCAAGGAAUCCUUGUAGGCAACCGAUGUAAAUCACACUUGAGGGAUGUGCAACCUGAGGAGGGACGUCAACUGGCUGAACACCUUCAAGUUCCCUUUUGUGAAAUAAGCACUGCAAAAAAUAUUAAUAUCAAGGAGUGUUUUGAUGAACUAGUGGACUGUCUUCUUGAUGAUAUAGAAAGAAUGCAACAAAUGCGAGAACUAACAACAUUGGUGUUACCGGCUAGUGGAGAAGAAGUCAGAUCCACGGACGCGUGUUCAUGCGCUUUACUGUGA